AACUCAACACCAACCAAUUAUGACGAUGCAUCGAGAAACAGACGUCUCGGUACCUCCUACGCCGACAUGGCCAGUCAGCGAUAUAAGCAUGCCCCAGAUAAACGGCCAUGAAGAUUUUGGGAGCUUGGUAGACGAGUUAUGCCAAUUCUUUGAGCACAACAUUAAGUUACCGCAUGCUUUCGAAGACCUGCGUCGAUCUCAGGAAGGUCACGCCGUCAAGGUUCUCGUCCAAUACCUUUCCGACCGAGUCGAUCAUCCAGCCCUAAUUUCGGCCCUGAUGGCUUUGAAAGGACACUUUUCAGCCCUAGAAGAAACCAGCGAUGAACCGGGGGUCAACGAAGCCCGCGGGUACGCAUGCGAAUUUGUUGCAUGGCAGUUUUUGACAAAUCUGAAGGAAGCAGAAAUCAUAGAGUACCUGCUUGUUGAACUACCUCCUGCGUCAGCCUCGAACAGCCCGGAUACAGCAGAUGUUCAGCAAGAUCGCCAGAACGGAGCUGGCAGCGCAGGCCCAACUGAGCGCACGCCUCUUCUGCCGACUUCGAAUGGUGAUUACUUUAACCACAAUGGCUCCGCACUGACCCGAUUUGGGUCAAUGAUGUCACAAUGUGAAAACCUCAGUGCUCUAGAACUUGCCGCCGUAUCCGGUGCCAAAAAGUUCCUUUCACAGAAACCGGUCCAGAAGAUCAUCAACGGCUUAUGGAAGGGCGAUAUCGUCUUCUGGGAAACCCUUAGCUUACACUCAGAGAAAAAGCCCAGGAGAUACAACCGGAAACAAGCCGAUCCGUUCUCCCGUUUACGUGUACCCAUGUAUCUCAAAGUCUUUGAGACAUUGUUCUUCGCCGCCUUCUUGGCACUCUACUAUGCGGUACUGGUGAGGCGCGACAAUACUCGCAUCACUGUUCCUGAGCUACUUCUCUAUGUGUGGAUUGCCAGCUUUGCUUAUGAUGAGUUUGCAGAUUGGAUCGAUGCCGGACAAACGUCAUUUUAUGCUUCGGACUUUUGGUGGACGUGGGAUAUAAGCAUAGUGGUUGUUGGCUUUGUAUUCUGCGUGAUGAGAGUUGUCGGUUUGGCGACAGGCCAUGCUGCAACAAUUGAUCAGGCGUAUGAUGUACUUGGGCUGGAGGCGCUCUUCCUGAUACCACGCAUAUUCUCCCUGCUGAGUCUCAAUCGUUAUUUUGGAACUCUAAUCCCCUGUCUAAAAGAGAUGACGAAGGACUUUGUCAAGUUUCUAUCACUCGUAGUGAUCUUGUACCUAGGUUUCUUGACUACCUUUGUGUUGCUAGCUCGCGAUAGCCGGUUUAACGCGAAACAGAUGUGUUGGAUCUUGGUAAAAGUCUUCUUUGGAUCGAGCUAUCUAGGAUUUGAUGUUGCUGAAGAGAUUUCUCCAUUAUUUGGGCCUCCGGUCAUGCUAAUUUUUGUCACUUUGACAAAUAUUCUCCUCAUUACAAGCUUGAUUUCGCUUUUGAGUAACUCAUUGAGCAAGGUCUUGGACCACGCCAGAGAUGAGUACUCGUUUGUUUACUCAGUCUAUGUGCUUGAAGCAUCAAGCUCAAAUAGGCUGACAUACUUUCUGCCUCCACUGAAUCUCAUUCCGCUAGUCAUCCGCCCGUUGCGGCUCAUUUUGCCCUCUGAACGGCUGAGGAGUGUCCGGAUCGUCAUGCUCAAGGCAACACAUCUGCCCCACGUAUUUGUAAUCUGGGCCUUUGAGAAGCUGAGCAAUCAUCACAGCGGCAAGGCCAAGAUGACGACGUUUAGCGGUCCCCAGUCGCCUGCGCCGUCCAAAAGAGCCCCUCGAUUGGCUGUGAAUUCGCCGCGCUUGCUCAUGGCGAGCUUCCCCAAUUCAAUGGGAAGGGCUCAACAGGCGAUUCGGCCUCAGACUCGAACGGGGUUGCCGGAAUCAGAUGCUCAGUUGAGAACACUAGUUGCCAAGUUAUCCACCCAGGUAGAACAACUUACUGCGAUGGUGUCGCAGCUCCGGGAGGACCGCGAAGCGAGCACAUCGGCCGCGUGAGGGCCGGCGCUUGCAGCCGCGGGAGUAGAGGUAGGCAUGUUCAGGAAGGGCAGCAGAGUAGUGGGCAAAAAAUCAAAUAGCAUUGCAUGUUUUCAUGUCGAGAAGUGUCGUCGAGCAAUUGCGCAUGAGAAUGGGGGGUGUUGGGGUCUCGCAGUCACACGAGACUGGGGCCGUGAAUGAAUGUAUGAACGAACGAACGAUCAACGGCGGAUGGGCGCAGGGCAGGCUGGCCAGGAUGGACAGUUUCAUGGGAGACGCACACGGGCAUGGGUACAACC